GCCGCGCGUUCUGCCCUCUGGGCUGCGCGCCGGAACCCCGCGCCUGAAAGCAGGAAGCGGCGGGAGCGGGGCGGCGGGGAUGGCCGGACCCGGCUGGGGCCCCCCGCGGCUGGACGGCUUCAUCCUCACCGAGCGCCUGGGCAGUGGCACGUACGCCACAGUGUACAAAGCCUACGCCAAGAAGGAUACCCGUGAGGUGGUAGCCAUAAAGUGCGUGGCCAAGAAGAGUCUGAACAAAGCAUCCGUGGAGAAUCUACUGACAGAGAUUGAGAUCCUCAAGGGCAUUCGACACCCCCACAUUGUACAGCUGAAAGACUUUCAGUGGGACAGCGACAACAUCUACCUCAUCAUGGAGUUCUGCGCAGGGGGUGACCUGUCUCGCUUCAUCCACACCCGCAGAAUUCUGCCUGAGAAGGUGGCUCGCGUCUUCAUGCAGCAGUUGGCUAGCGCCCUGCAGUUCCUGCAUGAACGGAAUAUCUCUCACCUGGAUCUGAAGCCGCAGAACAUUCUGCUGAGCUCCUUAGAGAAGCCCCACCUCAAACUGGCAGACUUUGGCUUCGCACAGCACAUGUCCCCUUGGGACGAGAAGCAUGUACUGCGUGGCUCCCCUCUCUACAUGGCCCCUGAGAUGGUGUGUCAGCGGCAGUACGAUGCCCGUGUGGACCUCUGGUCCGUGGGGGUCAUCCUGUAUGGUGAGAGCUCUGUCCCCCACCCUACCCCGGGGCCCCCGGGGCCUGCAGCCUGCACCAUGUGUCCCCGCACCAGGUCUCUCUGGGACACUCCUGAGGGGUCUAGUGAAUGUGACUGUGCGGGCCCAGGGACAUGGCUCUGGGGGUGUCUUCCAAAGUGGGGCGAGGCCAGGCUUGGCCCUCUCCCCUCCCAGCCUGCCCUCUGCCUCCCUUCCACAGAAGCCCUCUUCGGGCAGCCCCCCUUUGCCUCCAGGUCAUUCACAGAGCUGGAAGAGAAGAUCCGGAGCAACCGGGUUAUUGAGCUCCCCCUACGGCCCCCACUCUCCCGAGACUGCCGGGACCUGCUGCAGCGGCUCCUAGAGCGGGACCCCAACCGUCGCAUCUCCUUCCAGGACUUCUUUGCCCACCCCUGGGUGGACCUGGAGCAUAUGCCCAGUGGGGAGAGCCUGGCACGAGCAACCUCCCUGGUGGUGCAGGCGGUGAAGAAGGACCAGGACGGGGACGCCGCGGCCGCUCUGUCUCUAUACUGCAAAGCUCUGGACUUCUUCGUGCCCGCCCUGCACUACGAAGUGGACACCCAGCGGAAGGAGGCAAUUAAGGCCAAGGUGGGGCAGUACGUGUCCCGGGCUGAGGAGCUCAAAGCCAUCAUCUCCUCCUCCAAUCAGGCCCUGCUGAGGCAAGGGACCUCUGCCCGAGACCUGCUCAGAGAGAUGGCCCGGGACAAACCUCGCCUCCUUGCUGCCCUGGAAGUGGCUUCAGCUGCCAUGGCCAAGGAGGAGGAAGCUGGCGGGGAGCAGGAUUCCCUGGACCUGUACCAGCACAGCCUGGGGGAGUUACUGGUGCUGCUGGCAGCGGAACCCCCAGGCCGGAGGCGGGAACUGCUUCACGCUGAGGUUCAAAACCUCAUGGCCCGAGCUGAAUACCUGAAGGAGCAGGUCAAGAUGAGGGAGUCCCGCUGGGCAGCCGAGAGCCUGGACAAAGAGGGGCUGUCGGAAUCUGUUCGUAGCUCUUGCACCCUGCAGUGACCCCAGGAUGACUGGACAGACCACAAGCCACCUGAAACUGGGGACACCCUCACCUAGACUGAUGCCCAGACUUCUGUGGCCUUCUGCAGUGCUGUGGAGUAGGCUUCCUGGAUGGGCAACUCUGAGACACCCCCAUCCCAGCAUCCCCCCCACCCCCAGGGGGUUCCCAGACCCUGAUGGCCCGUCUUUGUGUUGGAAACACUGGGCCUCGUCCCCUGGGGGAAGGGGAGCAAGACUCUGUGAGAAGUUUCUUUCAUAUGACUUUUGUUAUUUGGUGGUUGCUGGACCCUGAGCUGGUCAGUUUGGGGGCAUCAGGCUUCUGUUUUUGCUCUGGGAACAGGGAACCCUCUGCAGGGCGCUUCUGCGCUUGCCCCUUCCCCAUCAGUGGGCAGCUGUGCCUGUGCCCAGCCCUGCCCCUCCUGGGAGCCCUAAUUGCAACUCACUUCACUCCUUGCCCUGGAAUGGGGCUCUCAGGGACCACCCACCCCAUGGUAUGCAUCCCACAGAGCUCUCCAGUCUCCCUGCCCACCCUCUCAACACUGUAAGAUAAUCCUUCAGACAUGAAAAUAAUGUACUUUGUAUGGGUGGGCAAAUUGAAGAAAGCCAUGCCUUGUUCCUGCUCUGGCCCCAGGGGCACAAGGGGAGGUGUCCUCAGCCUUCAUCCUUUGCCCCUACUUGCCAAAGAGCUGGUUCUGGCCUGGAAGGGCAGGCAUAGGGGCUGCCUGAUGCAUCAGGCUGCCGAUUACCCAGCAAUCCAGGAGGUCUGAUGUUGCUGCUACCCCAGUGUGUGACCCUGGGUGCCUCCCUUCCCUUUUCUGGCCUGGGUCUCCCAUCUCUGUAAUGGCGCUGUUAAUACCUCCUCAGCUCCCUACGUGGGCUAAGUGGCUUUAGUCUGGAGGAGAAUGUGCACACGUGGAGUUACUUGAGGGUUCUUUUUAAAAAGUCCACAAGGGUGUUGAUGAUCUCUAACCUUUAUGCCCUUCAGUGCCUCCUUGGGGCAAGGAGUUGGUCUUCCUUGCCGGAGGCUAGGUGUAAAGAAUGUAAUGGUUUCUCUAAUAAAUUAUUUUCUGAA